AUGGUGGAGCAGGAGUUUAAGCUCUUGAAAAACUUUGCAACAGCAUGGAUUGCUGACAAGGGAGCCGCCGACCUGAAGUUGGAGCCCAUAGAUGACCCUUCUUCUGAGUCAAAUCCGGAGCUUUUCUUAACGCAACAUGUUGACUUUGAUUGGAAAGUAGAUUUUGAUGCUAAAGUUGUCAGUGGUUGCGUUAAACUGCACUUGAUGCCGAUGGAUUUUUUUGCGAGUUGUCGGGAUACUUUGAGAUUGGACAUCAAGGACAUCAAUGUAUCUCGCAUACAUAUUAACAAUGAACCCGUGGAAUUUACCGUAGACGCGGGAUCUUACCCUAACUUGGGAAAUGUGCUCUCAAUUAAAGUUGGUCUACAAACCUCCCGGUUUGUCGUGGUCAUAGAGUACUGCACUAUGCCGCAGUCCUCUGCACUUCAGUGGCUGGAUGCUCAGAUGACCGCAGAUAAAAAGCAGCCCUUUUUGUUUACCCAAUGCCAGGCUAUCCACGCGCGUAGUCUCUUCCCGUGCCAAGAUACACCUCGGGUCAAAUUCACCUUCAGUGCGAGUGUGCUCGCACCACCGGAAGUGACGGUGCUGAUGGGCGCGCAUCGUUCGACCCCCUCAGGUCACUGCGAUGAGCCGGAAAAACCUUCUAUCCACUACUUCCAUCAGGACAUCCCUAUUCCUAGCUAUCUCGUUGCUCUGGCCUGUGGAGAGCUGGAUCACGCACGUAUCGGACAGCGGUCGUUUGUAUGGGCAGAGCCGAGUGUUCUACCAUGGGCAAAGGCCGAGUUUGAAGGGGUUGACGACAUGAUUGCGGUAGCGGAGAGCCUCUGCGGUGACUACGAAUGGGGUGUCUAUGACAUCCUCGUUCUUCCACCCAGCUUCCCCUACGGGGGUAUGGAAAACCCCUGUCUCACCUUCGUCACUCCCUGUCUCCUUGCUGGAGAUAAGUCUCUGACAUCGGUUAUCGCCCACGAAAUUGCGCAUUCAUGGACGGGUAAUCUAGUGACCAACGCCAGCUGGGAACACUUUUGGCUGAACGAGGGUCACACCAAGUAUGUGGAGGGUCUCAUCUUGGAACGUCUUUAUGGCACGGACUACCGAGAGCUAUUCAUCGAUCUAGGCUACGAGGAGUUGCUCGUUUGUUUGGAAGAAUUUAAGGAGGGACAUCCACUUGCAAAGAUGGUGCCAUGUCUGAAGGGAAUUCACACGGACGACGCUUUCUCCAUUGUGCCUUAUCAAAAGGGCUCUCUCUUCCUCUACUUCCUUGAGAACAAGUACGGUAAAGCGGCCGUCCUUUCUUGGUUGAAGUCGUAUAUAUCGCAUUUUCGUCGGCAUUCUCUCAGCACGCGAGUUUGGAUAGAAUUCCUGGCCGCUCACCUCGGGAAAAAUAUUCUUCAGGAAAUCGAUUGGAAUACUUGGCUUUACCACGCCGGUUCAAUCCCCUGGGUGCCUAAAACCAACCGAAAACUAUCGUCGGUGGUGGACAAAGUAGCAGAGAGAAUAAAAAACACUCCCUUGGGCAGUGACGCCGAAUCAGCGGCUUACGUACGAGGCCAGUAUGAGACAAUGCUUCCACUUCAGCGUCAGUUACUCUGGCGACGUCUGCUCAAAUGCGUCCCCCUCUCGCAUGACAAUCUCCUCGUUCUCAACAACAUGCUUGCAGUGUCAACUUCUAAAAAUGCGGAAAUCCGAUUUCUAUGGUCCCUAAUCGUUCUCUAUUCGCAAUACCUUCCGGGUGUGGACGGCGCCCUGGAAUUCCUCAACAGUCAAGGGCGAAUGAAGUACACAAGACCGAUUUACAAGGCUCUGGUGGCCUGGCCGUCCAUUAAACAGCAGGCAAUAAACAACUACAAGGCGAACAAGCAGUACAUGCACCCCACAACCGCAAAACUGGUGGAGAAAGACAUCGAGCUCAGUCCAUAG